AUGGCGAAGGACUUGCGCUUGCGCCUGGUGGUGCGACGCCACGGCGUCCCUGAUGUCAAACUUCUCUGGAACGCGACCGCCGACGAGGACUUGACCAUCUCGAAGCUUCUGGCCCAGGUCAAUGAGGUCGUUCCCUUAGAGAGCGGCGAAUGGGGCCUGGAAGACUACGCCGUCGAGCUUAAGGAUGCCUCUGGCGACGGCUUCGAAUGCGUCCACUUCCACCUUGUGAACAAGGUCCUCAAGGACGAUGACCAAGUCCUUAUUCGACCUCUUCUGACCGGCGAUCUCAAGAGACGACGACUGAGCGGCCGACACCAAAUAUCCGUCGACGGAAGACACCUCGUUGAUGGCCUUGCUUUCGGGCGCUCCUGGCUACGAUCCCCUCGAGACCGCCCUGCCGUCACCCUCCCACCCAGGAAGAAGGCUCGAAUCACCUACGGUAGCGACGACGACGGUGAGGAAGACUCUCCUUCGGAGGACGGUGACGAGCUUCCGAUGCUAGAGUAUGGAUCCACGAGAGCCAACGAUGACCCAGCGAGCGUCAAGCUUCGCACUCGAUUCUACGACGCCGACGCCGACGCCGACACGGAUGACGAUUCUGAGGACGAGGAGGACUUCGAACCAAGCCCCGAUGCAGCUGAGGACGACGACAUGGAUUCAGAGGACGCCGACAUCCAGGAUGAGCUGCGACUGCUUCGAGAAGACAACGCCGAUAUGCGAGAAGGGGAAAUAAUCGAGGAGUUAUGGAAUAUCCAACGCAAGAGAGCAUCGAGUGGACCAGGCAGCAGUCUUCACUCGUUUGACGCUUCAGAUCACUCUCCAGCGCCUUCUGCCAGCAACGCGCUCGUCAGGUCAAACGCACGAGCUGCCAGACACCGCCUCGAUCUGGAUACUCUGGACAAGAUUGCAGCUUUAAGAGCGGCGUUCCCGAAUGCCCAGGUGUCCGCCAUCGAGGAGGCUCUGUUAAGAUACAACAAGGAUUCAGCAAAGGCAUACCGCAAGCUUCGUAAAGCCUUCAGCGCACGCCUCAGUCUCAAGCAAACCCUGGAUCACCAGGCAAGAAGCUUGUCUAGCAGCCCCAUCCGACACGCCGAACCCAACGCGGGACGGGAACUCGUUCUUAGGGAGUCGAGUCCCUCCGAAAGGGCUUCGCAUGGCUCCGGACAGCAUGAGGACGAUGAAGAGGACGACGACGAGAAUUUGUCCACAACUCUCAACCACAAUGCCCAUGGGGAUAGUGACCUCAAAAGCGUAGAAGAGGGUUCGUCUUCUGACUCUGGUUCUGAUUCUGACUCGGAUUCGGAUUCGAGCUCUGGUUCCAGUGCCGCAGCCGCAGCAUCCGACUCGGAUCAGGAGGUGGAGGAACCUUCCGAUGACGAGGACGAAGCCGACUCGUCAGAACCCUCUUCCGAUGAUGGGGGCGAUGACGACGAUAACGAUGAAGACGACGAGGACAAUUCCGAUGAAUCAGAGGGUGCCGGGCCGGUCUUGAACCAAGACAACGCAGACUCUGAUGGCCAGGGAAAUUCCAGUCCGGAUGAUGAUUCGGGCUCGGAAAGCGCUGCCAGUGCCGACGCAAGUGUUACAGCCGCGAAGCAACGUCCCUCAAGAAGGCAUGACGCUGUCUCUGUCUCUUCGUCAGGCUCAUCCUCGGGUUCUUCAGAGGCAGACAGCAGCAGCGACGACUCUGAUUCUGAUUCCGAGUCUGACUCUGAGCCUGAGGAGAUUCCCAGCAAGACUCUCUCCGGCCAGCACCGACUUUUGGAACCUUCCCAACCACAACAGCCCGUACAGAUACCCGCACAGGCACCUCGAGCCGCCCCAGUUGCGGCAGCCGCACCUGCACAGGAGCAACCUAAUGUUCCUCCAGGCCAAGGGUUGAGCAAAACUCAGAAGAGGAAUGCCAGGCGAAAACUUGCCAAGCAACUGGCGGCUGGCAAGUCCAUGUCGGAUCAAGACGGCGUAGAAUCUCAGAAUCCUGCUCUCGCGGCCAGUGCAGAUGCGGCAGCGUUCCUCGCGAGAAAGCAAGCACUGCUCAACGCGAUUGCAUCUGACGGUCCAGCCGAGCGCUUCAGCCAAGAAUCAUCACUGGAGAUGUCCGGCCCUAGCCCGCAAGAGAUGGAAGUUGAUCAACCCUCCAUCGCCGGCGCUGACGCCACAGAGGCUCCGCAACCCUCUGAUGCGCAAGUGGAAGAAGCAACUGCCCGGCGCCGGAUGAAGCCAAACAUCGGGGCCACUCGCCGGAUGCUAAUGGGGUCACUGGGCCUCAAGAACCCCAAAACCAAAGCCGAUGAAGAUCGGAUCCGAAAAGACCUGAUGAAGGGCGUUCGCCCACACACCAACACUCGUCUGAUCGAGGCGGCGCCGCAUCCUGGCGAAUCGUCCCGAACACAAGAACCGGUAGAGGAAGACCCAGAAGCCUGGCGCGAGAAAAUCGCUUACCGAGCCGUAGAAUGCUGUCAUGACGGAAUCGAGCUCUCGGAACCGCCAUUUCCUUUUGUCCAGCGGUGGGACCCCCAACAGCAAGUGGAGGAAUGGUUUGGUUCGAAGAAUAAGCGCGGGGGCAAGCGUAAGCGCGUACAGCGCAAUCAGGCUCAAUAUUACGAGGACGGAGACUCCCAAGUGUCCAAGAAGCGCCGAGUAGCUGGGGAGAGCUUUGGCGUAACCUUCUCGGAUGCUGUCGAGUCUUUGGAGGAGGGCGACACGACUCUCAACUAUGAUGACCCGCCGGACGAAGAACCUAUAGUUGCCAAAGCCACUGCUGAGGGGAGCCAAGCGACAGACAUUGACGAUCUCCCUUCGCUACCUUCGGACCUGAACACCCUUUCGGAUCUCCGGGCAGGGGAAGCAAAGUUGGGCAUGGUUAUCACCUGGAAGCAGUGGCUCCUGUCUUCUGCGACCAACUGGCAGCCCGAAGUUGUCAGCCUGACUGGCGUUCUCGUCAGAGUGCAUGAUGAGGAAGCGAUGGAUCUCGAGUUCCUUCUGGCUCGGCGAGAUCGAAAUGUUGGCCAGACGGAGAAGAAGUACGACGAAGACACGGGAGAGAGGAUUUACGAUCGGUUUGAAGCGCCCGACGACGAUGAAGAUGAAGUGGACGACGAACCCGACCAGGGAUACCGCAGACUGAACUACACAGACCUCAUCGAGCCCAAGAUCCUGCAGCUACCCUUGGAGGACCAGGCCGAAGCCGCCGGCAAGGAAGACUCAAGCGCUGCUCCGACGGACAGCAUCGUUCAUGAGACGGUCUAUGACGGCCACACCGAGCCAUUCCACAUCGAUGCGGAGAAUCCCGGCCAGUCCGAGGCGCCUAUAGAUGGAAGUCAGUUACCAGUCAAUGCAAAGGAUGGUCAAGCCAAGGCUAAUACGGAUGACGCGCAGCCUCAAGUCGUCAUGGACAGUAACCCCCACCUUGACGCUACCUCGGGAGACGUUCACACUAGUCACGACGCCUCCGGUAUGCAGAUGGACAGUGCGGAACCCAUAGACGAAGAGAAUGUGCCUACCCCUGGAAGGAACAGCAAUUCCAGGGACCAACUCCCGGCGCCAACCACGGAAGAAGCGGACUCCCAGAGCUUGAAUGGAAAUGCUCUCUCCAUUUCCUCGGACCGCCGCCAUGAGAUCAGCAUCAUGAUACAGGAAGCGGGCUUCCGCAAGGAUGUCUCACCCUCCGUCAUCCGCCGUAAAACCAGCAGCCCUUCCCGCCAGCUGCUAGACAUGCAGGAGGCUGCGGGAGCGUCCCGCGUCGUGUCAAAGUCUCCUCUUUCCCAGGAGAGCAUGGUCGGCGAUAGCACGUCGCAAGCAGGCAACGAGGCCAAUCCUGUUGUGGGGUUCACUGGUGACGGCGGAGAAGCUGCCGCGCCGCUAUCUUCUGCGAGUAGCGUUCGAAGCGGUCGGCAACUUGAUCCUGAUGACUACAGCUUCAACUUGGGCGAUGACCUGCCGCAGAUCAGCGACACGGGGGACGGCUCUUUCCUCGAUGCUGAUGCGUCGACCCCGAAACCCAGAGCGCAGACGCCAACGAGGGCCCAGGAGGGCUCUGUUGCGCCUUCAACAGACGAGUCGCUCCCGUCGCUGGAAAGCCUGGCCCGAACCGCCUCGCAACAAAACUUGGACAAGCAUACACAAAGCCCUUCCCAAUCUCAAGUGGUGUCGGCCAUCGCAUCUCGCAAACCGAUCGUACAAUGUGACGACGAGUACGAGGCGGCCAUGCGUUUGGUUGACGAGGCUCGCAAUGAGGACGAAGAAGAGGAACACGAUGAGCUGCCGCAGAAUCUAAGAAGCACACGAAAGCGGCUUUUUCCCAACUCCAGCCAGCCAGACCCAUCAUCUCUAUCCGACUCUGUAGACAUGCCCGACAUCAAGCCCGCUGUAAUAUCGACGACACGCUCGCCAUCUGCCGGGACGCGGGAUAUCAAGCCUCUGCUGCGAAGGCGAGAACGGAGGGAAUCUCCGUUUCUGGUUCCUCCCGGCUCUCAGGUCGUCACAUUGUCGUCGAGCCCGCCCAGCUCACCACCUCAAGAGAGCUAUGCGGAAGACAGUAUCGAUGCGGAUUAUGAGGACGACAGCAACAAGAGCAGUCUAAGGAGGUCGUCCAGGGCCGGCUCGCGGGCCAUGAGCGUGCCGGCGAAGAGACGGACAACAGGGUCAGCGAGCGCAAGGGGACUCAUCCCCUCCAGCUCACUGCCUCCUAGGCCUGGUACGAGGGGGAGACGACAACGCAAGCCAUCGCCAAAGUUCUAG